AUGGAAGAUAUUACAUCAGAUCCACAGUAUAGUACACUCAGUGCAAAUGCAUCAUCAGAUGAGAUACUCAAAACAAAGGAUAUUAAUGAAAUGAAGAGACUCAUGAAUGAAUGGCAAUAUAAAUUCAUGUAUUUAACAUACGAGAAUUGA